AUGCUCCAGAAGAAGAAUGCUGUUUUGGUGGAUGGGAUCAUCCUAAAUGGUCCAAUAAUGGACUCAAAAGCAGGAGAGAAGUUUGUGGAAGAAGCCUGUAAGAUUAUACUGGAAGAAGUGGUUCAGAAAGCUGAUGAUGUAACAGAAAAGGUCUGUGAAUGGCAAGCCCCUGAAACACUGAAGCAGAUUCUUGACCUGGAAAUGAGGGACACUGGAGAAUCUCAUCAUAAACUCCUGCAGCUCUGCCAGGAUGUUAUACAAUACAGCGUCAAAACGAGCCAUCCAAGAUUUUUCAAUCAGCUCUAUGCUGGAAUAGAUUAUUACUCGUUAGUGGCUCGUUUCAUUACAGAAGCACUGAACCCAAGUGUAUAUACAUAUGAAGUAUCCCCUGUGUUUCUGUUGGUGGAAGAAGCAGUCAUCAAGAAAAUGAUUGAGUUUAUAGGCUGGGAAGAAGGCGAUGGUAUAUUUAAUCCAGGUGGUUCUAUUUCUAAUAUGUAUGCUAUGAACUUAGCAAGAUACAAAUUUUGUCCUGCGAUAAAGGAAAAAGGACUUUCAGGUUUGCCAAGACUAGUCCUGUUUGUUUCAGAAGAG